CUCCUCGACUCUGGGCUGGCCUGGAGCACGCCCCGCAGGGGCCUCAUGUCAAAUGACGACGGUCGGAUUUUCCUGAUUUGAGGACCGUUUUCGGUUUGGCUCAAGUCGAUCGAUCUUGUGGGAAGUCUCAGUUCACAGAGUGCAAGGUGCAGACGUUGUGUGAGCGCCAUGGCCCGCGUGUCGUUCGCCAUCCUGUCGCUCGGGGCAGCGCUGGCCACUGAGGAGACCACGGCAAGCUUGCGGGGCUCUGCUGCGGCGCGACGCCUGGAGAGCUGCACCGCGGACGCGAAGCCAUGCGCAGCCCCGCACUCCAACUCGCGGAUCUGGUGCUUCGAGGACCCGACUUGCCCAGGGCAAGGGUGCGUCGAGGAUUCCGGCUGCCGGUACUGCGAUGCCUCGGCGAUCGGGGGGACUCGGGCUGCCGGUACUGCGAUGCCUCGGCGAUCGGCGGGCCAUCAUACGAUGGUGAGGCGUGCCCAUCUAUCCAGUCUCUCGGUGCCGCACUGGCCGCCGACGAGGGCUGCGACGGGAUGACCUACACGAGAAACUACGCCGAGGGCACACCGCACGAGUGCAGGUGCGACAGCUACUGCGACGACUUCUGCGACGAUGGGCCGAAUGGCUGCGCCAGGACGUGCAGGAUCUUGAACGGAGUUUUCGAGCACAUUCCGUCCGUACAUGCAGGCGACCGUACUUGCACUUGGUACGCGCACUACGUGACCAACCCGAUUAACUACGAGGGCUACGAUUGCUCGUGGAUGACUGGCACUGGCGAGGGCGGCCAUGGAGACGAUUGUCAAGAUUGGACGUCCGCUGGCGCCUUGAAGUGCCGGGAGGGAAACCAGAACCAGAACAACUGCCACUUCUAAUCAUGGUGAGUGUUUCCGAGGCGAAGGUCUUCCCGAUUUCAGAAAUCUUGUGGUGGGCGAAGGGGUUGAGAUGCAUUAUACCCAGCUUUUUCAGGCUCAGUCCACUGCCUCUUUCAGCCAAGAGCGUGCGGAAGAGAGUACAGAGAGCAUGAUUCGUAGAUGAUGGAGAUACACUAGCAUCCUACCAGUGCUUCCCAUCACCAAAAAGUUUGGACCGUUGUUGGGGUCUGGGGCACUUCGCAGACGUGCUGUUCGCACAAACCGCAGCUGUAGGAAAUCUUGACGCUUCGCGCCCCAUCCAGAAACGAUCCC